UGCCUCUCUAGACGAGACAGCCCCCGUGCUCCGUUACACCUCCGGCCAUAUUCUCCUAAGAAUGAUUAUUCGGAACUUUCUCUCUGUUUUUCUCCCCGCGAGGCAUUUUUACGGGGCCUCAACUUUUCUGGCGUGUCAUCAUUUCUGGAGUUAACGCGGCGGAGUCAUCCGAGGCGACCGGAGCCCGCUCCUCGCUAGAUUCUUAGAACAACUCAGAGUUACAGCCCAGGAAAUGCAGCGUUUUCUCUAACCCGGAGGUAGCACUGCUGAAGGGAACGAGCGGGGGAAGAGCAUGUUGAAAUCCGCACUAAUAAAAAGAAAUGACGACGCGAUGGAAAUAAAGGUGUUCAGCCCAGGGAUAUUUAUGUUAGCACGGAUCCUGGUCUGACUCCGCUCCGCCUCAUCAAAAUGAUGUUUUCUCCCCUCUCCCUCUCUCAGGAUGAGUUCCAUCCGUUCAUUGAGGCUCUGCUGCCCCAGGUCCGUGCCUUCGCCUACACAUGGUUCAACCUCCAGGCCAGGAAAAGGAAGUACUUCAAAAAGCAUGAGAAAAGGAUGACAAAAGAAGAAGAGAGAGCUGUAAAAGAUGAACUGCUCGGGGAGAAAGCAGAGGUGAAACAAAAGUGGGCCAGUCGUCUUUUGGCCAAGCUAAGAAAGGACAUCAGGCCUGAAUGCAGAGAAGACUUUGUCCUGUCAGUCACUGGGAAGAAAGCUGCGUGUUGUGUCCUGUCAAACCCUGACCAGAAAGGCAAAAUGAGACGCAUAGAUUGUCUUCGACAAGCUGACAAGGUGUGGAGGUUGGACCUGGUAAUGGUGAUCCUGUUUAAAGGAAUCCCAUUGGAAAGCACAGAUGGAGAGCGGCUUGUGAAGGGCGGCCAAUGCUCCAAUCCAAUCCUCUGCGUCCAGCCUCGACACAUAUCUGUCUCUGUCAAAGAGCUCGACCUUUACCUCGCUUACUAUGUCCAAGAGAGAGAGGCAGAGCAGAGCAGCAGUCCCAGUCGCACAGGAGUGGGCUCUGAUCAGGAGGACAGCCGAACCACCACCAUGGAUGGUCCAGAGUUCCAGGAGAGUUUUGUGACAUCAGGAGUUUUCAGUGUCACUGAGCUGGUCCAGGUGUCAAGAACUCCAGUGGUCACAGGAGUCGGACCUAGUUUCUCUGUGGGGGAGCUCCAGGGUCAUCUGGCCUAUGACCUCAACCAGUCUGUCAACCAGCCUGUUAGUGUCAGACGAUCACUGGCCAGCACCUCAUCCAGCGGGAGUAAGCGUCAUAAGUCUGGCUCUAUGGAGGAGGAGGCUGACAGUCCAGGAGGGGAGUAUUACCACUCACCUUCCUCUCCUGCCAGCAGCUCCAGGAACUGGACUGAUGACAUGGAAGGAGGUCUAUCUCCUCCAGUAAAGAAGGCAGAGCUGGACAGUCCCUCCCCCCAGGAAGACUCACCAAGACUGGGUUCCUUCACUCAGCACCAUCGGCCAGUCAUAGCGAUUCACAGCGGUCUGUCUCGGAGUAUCCAACCCUCCUCAUCUCUUCAUUUCCCAUCCUCCUCCUACUUUCCCCACGGAGCAAUCCGCUACCCUCCUCACCUGGCACAGGACCCCCUAAAAGACCUAGUCACACUGGCCUGUGACCCUGCCAAUCAAACCCCAGGCUCACUGAACGGCAGCAGCCAGAUCAAAGUGUCCGGUCACUACAUCUCCUCUCAGAUGUUAGCACCUCCUGGACCAGCACUGGCUCCUAACCCAUCCUCCCUCCCCAGGCUGACCCUGCCUGCAGAGUCAAAGGCCACUACCACCUCCUCUGAUGGGGGAGCCAACUCCCCAACAUCACCCAUCAUGGUAUCUGGGCAACUGAGGGACCUCUGGAGGACGGCUGAUUGUCAUGGUGGUACUGUCCUGGAGGAAAACAAACAAUGUUGUCAAGACAUUGCCAAAGGAAAGAUAUAUUCAGCUUUGUAGAAAGAUAUAACAUGUGGUCUUACAUAUAUGUAAAUAUACAGUGAAAUAUAUUUACAUAUGUGUACGUACCCAGAAGAGACAGCCUGGAUGAAGGGAGUAUGCUGCUCUCACUCAGCCGUUUUGCAGUCCCAGAAUGUACUAUGCUCUAAGACACUAAAUGGUUCACACAAAUGGCAACUGAGGUGAGUUGUGACUUUCUAGAGAAAGCAGUGGAUUGAUGCAGAUGUCUGGUUGGUACAUAUGAACUGUCGACCAGAACCAGGUCUCAACACACCAGAUCCUGAAAAGCCUAUAACCUAACCGUGUCCCCAGGAUGAGGCCCGUUUCCCUGGGAUGGAUGUCAGCCCUCGACCCUUCACCCUGGUUCUCUACACUGAGUCCAGUGUAAGGCUCUAACCUGGGACAGACAUAGACAUUAUCCCCCCUCAACACCCAGAAUGCCCCCUCCGCUGCAGGUGCUGCUUAUAAUAUAUGCAAAUAAGCCUCCCUUAUUUUUUGAAACAAAUAGCAAGAGAGAUCCUGCUGUCAAUAUAUAAAGUUUCUUUGCACUUUUUGAUAUGUUAUUGAUGCGUCUGAAGAAAAUUUUGAGCUGAAACAGCGCAGCUUUUUUCUCUCUUCCCACCAAAAGACAGAGGCUUUUUUUUUAUUGACAAUCAUCAGGCUGAGACCAUUAAGUUGCUUUGCGAGGCUUUUGCGAGGCUCAUGUUUUUAAGACUGAUUGUGCUUUUCUAUCAGAAAACAAUGAGUUAUAGUGGAAUAUAAGAGCUAUAUCCAUGCAUCCUCAAACACAUCACACAAUGCUACAGCUGGACACCAAUAUAGAGUCAUCAGUAACACUGGGCCUUUAAAGGACAGAGGCCCAGUGUCUUGGGCAGAGGGCGUCUUUUGACAUGAAUUUCCUGCUGCUUCCUACCUUUCAAAUGCUGAUCAUUUUGACAUGACAGUACUUAUCCAAGCGGCCAAAGGCACAAUGAUUGGAGGACACAUGCACCUGCCUGAAGAGAACGGCUCAGCAGAACUGAGAAAUGACAAAGACAAGACUAAAACCAGGAUCAUGUGGCUGCACAGCCAGCUUUAACCUGGCUGCAGAACUCAAAGUGUUUGAAGCUGUAGCACAUGGUGUGUGGGUGUGUGUGUGUGUGUGUGUCAGUAUUUGAAUAUGGAUCCUGAAGUUCCACACUCAUCCCUGCUCUGUUUUCAGGAGUUAAAGAUUUUGUUUGUGUCUCACAGAACACCCUGACAGGUUUUGUAGUUGUGUGUUGGUAAAGUAGAAGGAGAUUUACAAUUGCGUUAAAAAUUCCCAUUUUGAGAAAAAGUGUGAUGUGGCCUGUUGUCAAGCUGUGUGUAGUCAUGACAAGUCAUGUGUAUACUGGUCUGAACUGAGCACAAAGUCUGGCUGUCACUUUGUCCAGCUCUAGAAUGACUGGUGACCAAAACAGUGUCGCUAAGCCCUGACCCGACCUGAACAAUGUGUGGUGGAACAGUAGCCAUAGGGUUUGGGCUGGGCUGGAGUUCAGGCAUGAACAAAAAGACAUGUUAGCCACAGUGCUAGGUUUGGUUUCAGGUCAAACCUUGAUGGUUAACCAAUUGCAACAAGGAACUAAAGAGUGUGUAGGUCCUGGUUUUCUGAGCGCAUAAUGCUUUAAAGAGGCAAAGCAAUAUUAUUUUAUAGAUGUUUUCUCAGAUUCAUUUAGUCUUUAAUCCUUUCAUGGCUGAAAAUUAAGCACUUAAUAGAACACAAACAUUAUUCUCUGUCUGCAUUGAUGGUGGCAUCUCAAAAACACUACUUCAAAGAGGUAGUAAAGAGCAAGAUGUCAGUUUAAGGUAAGGGAACAAAUUAAUAUCCCAAAUAGAUUUUUGAAAUAUGUCACUAUUGAUAUUUGUAUGUAAAAUUGAAUGCAGACUCCAAACACAAUAGUAGUAGAACACCAUGGCAUUUAGCUAUUUCGUACAUCAUGUCUUUGUAGAAGAAAUUUAAUUCUGAAUAUGAUUUUUUUAUAAUUGAUGCCAUAUUUUAAUUUCUGAGGCUUUGCAACUAUAAAGCAGUUUAUUUAACUUUGUUACCUGGGGAUGUAUUAAGUUUAAGGACUUGUGUUUCUGUGUUGAGGUGUGAUUCGAUUGAAUGCCAAGCACAUUUUUUCCACAUAUUAUUUACACUAAUAUGACUGCUGGUGUGGUUCUGCAGGCUGCGUUCCCCAGUUCAAACAGUAGGAGAAGAUUAAAAACAUAACUCUUCCACUUGUGAAUCAGCAGUGGUUUGCCUGUUGAAUGGCAUUGCUGUGAUCUCAAAAGUGUCUUCCAUCUGCCUGGAAGGAUAAAAUAUUCUCCAACCAAAGCUUAAACAUGACACUUCUGACCACUGCGGUGAACCUGAUGUGCAUCCAGUGAAGAGGAGGAAGAGAGCAGUGAGUUGUGAGGUCAGUAGAGUCAUUAGAUUUGCUCUCAUCAUUCUGGGCAGAAAUGAGAUACUUGUGUGAUCACAAAAACACUUUUUAAGAUGCAGCCAGCUAAACACAGUAAACUUUUCCCCUGAGUAACAUUCAGAGUCUAUGGUCUGUGCUAUCUCAACAGCCAGUGUGCAUGCUGUUGAGACCAUCACAGCUCCAUACGAGUGCCAGUGUGUGACCCGGGGGCUCAUCAGGAAUUCUCUUUUUUUCUUGAGGAGACACAGUUCUAACUUAAACAGAGGUGUCUCCAUAGAUUUUGCUGCCUAGAAUUUGUAUAUUUUUCAUUUUUAUGUAUCUGCUCAAAUUUGCUUGGCAUUCAAUCUGAACAUGUGUCUGCGUCUUUUCCUUUCCCAGGGUUUUGGGUUAAAGUUGACAAUGGUCAGUGCCUACUAGGGGUUAGGAGUUUAUAAGGAAGGUGCUGAUAGGAGCUGUGGCAGGGCAAGGUUUAAGGUAUGGUUAUAGCUGGCUUAGAUGUAUACUGCAUGGUGCUGCCCUGGUCGCUGUGCUGACCUGAAGAAUGCAUGGCUCAAACUAAUGAUACCUCUCCCUCUCAAUCCUGCUCUGUCUCCUUGUCCCCUUCCUGGAAGGGUUAUCUAUUUCUUUGAAUUUUAAUAAUUACCCUGUUGUUAAACUUCUAUUUUGCACGAUAUAUAUAUAUCAUACAUCAUGAAACCCAUUAUGUGCCUUGCCUUUAGUUAAAGAACAAUAAUACAUUAUUGAAAAAUUAUCAUACUUUUCAUGGUACAUCUGGUAGCACAUAAAAUAAAAAAAAAGCUGCAUGUGUGAGUGCUUGACAUUAAUCAAUGUAGCAGGUAGACAGUUGUAGGCUUCACAAUGGCUGAGAAACAGACUUGAGUCUCAGCUCAGUGAAAGCAGAGGUUGGGAUAACACGUAUCCUCUCCUACCAUUCAAGACAGUAACUUUUUACAGUGUGGCAUUUUGGGAAAUACAUGUCUGAUAAAGUAUUCAGAGUGCCAAUGUCUCUUUCUACUGGAGACACAGUGUGGACAUAUUUAGCAGCGCUUUUUGCUAAGUUGAGCUAAACACAUCACAACCCUUACCUAGUUACUCAAGGUCCAUUUACCAAAAAUAUUUAUAGCUUUAAACAAUCUUCAUGUGGGGAGAUCUAGAGCCCUAUUCUACUUCCAGGAUGCCACUGCAUCAGGAGUUCUGGUCCACUGAUCCAAACACCUGUUAUCAUUUGAACGUGUAUUCAACUAAACCAUCUCCACGACAGCUGAGCAAACCAAGAAAACUGACAAAACUGUCUCUGAGGUAAAGAAUGAACUGGCCACUUCCGGGGUAAAGCUCAAUAAGAAUUUAAAUCCCAAAAUGCUGCACUGUUCCUUUGAGGGUUCACUUUUUCAUUCACAACUUUUGCCAUAACCAGGUGCUGAUUUCACUCAUAGAGCUGAUCUGGUUCAGUGGCCCUGCUCCUAUAAACUUGUGCUGUCUUUUUGAUAGUUCUUUGUGGACUGAGCUAAAUUGACACUGACAUCACCCACAUUAGUAUUAAGAAUGAACUUGAUGUGUGUCAUCCCAAAGUGUUGGAUCUGAAAAUGGCACUUUACAGAAGCAACAAACAUUGGUUUUGAAAGUAAAGUCUGGUUGUAGGACCUGCCUAAAUGUUCACAAUACAAGCAAAAGCCAUUUUCAGAGACUUUGCUCAGUUCUGUCUACGUUUUGUUUUAAUAAUAAGUCUCAAAUACAUAGAAACACAUUUCAUAGUAUUUAUUGCAGGGGAAAGUCUUAAAUAUAUUGUGAAUAUUUUGUCAGGAAUUUAGCCAAUGUGGCCAAGCCACUAAAUCUAGUCGAAUGGCAACAUGUGAAACAUGUUAAGAUUCAGACUUCAAGGCUCUGCAGCUCUAUGAUUGACCAUUAGAACACCGUCCAUUUGUCUGUAUGAUGACUUCUACCAUGUGACUAAUCACGUAACAAGAUACUACAAGAGGAAAUUAAUGAUUUUGAGUUUUAUAUGGAUGCAUGCACUUAACACUAUUCUUACUCUACUUGGCUUUUAUUUUAUUUUUAAGUAUUUCUUGAGUUGUUAUCUUCAUGUUGCUUGUAGCUUUAUAGUUUAAACACAGCAGUGUGUAUAAAACAUAUGUACAACAUAGACACAUAAAAAAGAUGUACAGAAUGUUUGUUUGUUUGUCAUGUUUUUGCUUUUUGUUUCAGCUGUCUUAAGAUAAUGGCCAAGCCAGUAAAUAUGGGACCCAUGAAAUGGGUGGGGCUGAUAGUAAAGUUUAUGAGGGAUGAAUGAUGCUAGGUGAAAAGUAAAAGUGAGGAUGAAGUAGAGUGCACUGAAAGAGUGCGUAACUCUGCCAAGGCUGCACAGUCCUCUAACUAUGUUGCUUUCAUAACAGACAGUGUUGAGACAUCUGUGACUGGAUCUGAGCCCAGUCUAUACUCAUCUCAUAAGGAUUGGCAACAUUUUUGGAUAUAAAUCCUGACCUGCAAUGUUGGAGCUUCAUUUGGAAAUUAAUUAAUUUUGCACACUGAGUUAUGACCAAUUGAGCGUUUCUAUUUGGAAAUUCUGCAGAAUCUGCAGUUCAUGUGAAGAGUUGAACAAAGUUUAGCUUAAUUGUUGGAAACAGUACAGCAUAUCAAAGAGCAAAUGAAUUACCCAGAUUUGUAUCGGAAAUUAACUCAAUUUUGUAUUUAUAUCUUUGAUAUUUGGUGAGAAUGGAAUGAAAUGUGGGAUUGCUAAGAAGGGUUUUACCAAAUAUUUUAAAUAUGGCUGGUUCAGAAGUGAAGAUGAGAGGCUUUAAAUAUUCCAAAAUAUAGACACAAUCCGAAAUUUGAUAAAAAUUGGACCUGAACAACCCAAAAAGAAAAAUAACCGUAUCCUAUGGUCUAGGAUCAGGUCAUGGAUAUUCUGUCAGCAAUAAUGACUUAAAGUGAAAGGUUCUUUAAAAUUGCCCACAUGAUUGAAAUAUUUCUCCAGAUUUGUAUCAGAAAUGAACUAAAUUUUAUAUCUUUUCAGAUAAUGUUGUUGAAUUCUGCUGAGUAGAGCAGGGUUAAAAACAGAAGCUGCUUGGCAAAGGCAAUCAUUCCCAGCUUAAUGAAGAGCUACAGCAGCUUGGUCUGUUUCACUGAGCUGCGAUGCUUCUGUGGUCAGGUGCUGGUUGCCUAUUGACAAAUACACUACAAUAAAUGAAAGGGAGAAUUUCUGGGCUCACAUACAGAAAAAAGAUGUCACUUUGUAAAAAACAAAGUGAAGUCUCUAGUUCGGUCACUCCAGGUAAGAUUUAAGGGGGUUGACACAUAACACCAAAACUGGUUCAAUAUUUGUCCAAUUCAAUACAAAAUCAAAUCUAUUUCUGAAAAGUCCAUACCUUUUCAGUUAAUCACCCCCUUAAUCUGCAUCAUCAAUCACUGGAUCUUUCCCCAUGAACUAGGAACCUUUGCAGGAACUCUGUGUUGAUUAAGUUGUAUUAAGUAUUUACCCCUCCUAUUUCCCUGUUGGGUGUAAAUUGCAGCACAGAACAUUUCUGAUAGUUGAUGUAGUGUGGCACAAAUUCUGCAUGUUUGUCAUUUUAUAUGGAUUCAUUGUUGUAUAGUCUUUUGCAAUACCGCCACCUACUGGACUAUUUUUGUAGCCAUCGUUUCUUCAAAAGUCAGCAGGCUUAUUCGCCCAAUCAUUUGAGGCAUAAAGGUGUAAACACUGGCAACUAGCAGUCCAAAGGAACCUUUUAUUUCCUUGGUGAUGUGGUGGAUUAAAGAGUUGAUGAGUGGCUUUGAGCUUGUGUCUCCUCCAGAUGAUGACCAAGAUUACUAUGCAUAUUGUACUAUGGGAUUCUUAUUACAGUUUGCUUUUUUCUACCAGAGACUAAGAUAAAAAAACUGAUUUAGAAACUGUCACCUGAAAAGAGGAUGUAUACAGUUAUUUACAAUUGGAGGCAGUGAGUUCAGUCAUAUUUCUGAUGGAUGGCUCCUGAUUGUCUGUGUUGAAGCAGCCCCCUUAAUGUUCUGUUUUUUUCCAUGUUUUCUCGAUAGAUGACUAGUAAUCUGGAUGUACAUAGAAAUCCAAACAGACUCCUGAUAUAACAACAGCCAGCCAAGUGGAAGACUGAUCCACUGGUCUCAUUGUGUAUGGGGAGUCCAGACUCAGCUGAAAAUGUUUUAAGAAUGGGCUGUGUGUUUCUCUGCACCAAAAGGAUUCAAAAAAUACUUUUAACCAUUAUAAGUACAAUAACACCACUAAGCACGCACUUGUGUGUCCAGGCCUAUGUAGUAAGGGGUAAAUAGCGCGUGGCUCUCAGUAACCAUAGCACUUUCUCUGCUCUGUUCAAGUAAGAAAGCAGGUCAACAUCAUACAAACAGAAAAACAACCAAAAUGAUCGAAACAAGCAGUGCCUGUCAUUUUAGUGCUGGUUUCAUUUGACUCAUUUUGUAUGCUGGGCUUUGCAGCACUUUUUCUAUUCAAAUGGUUUUGUGACACACUUCAGCUUAAUGGAUGGUGCUUAGUAUUAACAACAUCCCAGUCCAGGCCAGCAUAUAGUCAAUGGGCUGGGCUGGACCUGAGGUGACAAGCCAUAAAACAAACUGAGGAGUUAAAAUCAUGGAUCUUCAUGGUUGUAGAUUGAAAAUUACAAAUGCAGCAAAAAAUAAGGUGAUCUUACUUUACAAAAAAGUAAAAAAAAAGUGUGAAUAGUUACCAAAGACGGAAUAAUGAACAACUUAAAGCUAAUUGAUGAAUAUUUAACAAGGGUUUUGUGAACAGCCUUGAGGUGUCAGCAGUAGUGAUCCUAGGUCUUAAUAAUGUGUUUUGUAUCUGCCUAACUCCGUGCACUGACAUCCGAACAGGUCACAGUUGGCACAGAUUUGUGGAAUAAAAAGAAUGAUGGCUGGAUUCCAUUUGGCUGCUUCAGACUGGCUCCCUCUCAUAACUUGGUGCCAUUAGGAGCCAUUAGUUAGUGGUUUGGAAAGCUGAUGACAGAGAGCACACUUUUUUUCUUGUAUUCAUUCAAGGUAUGCUGCCGUGUCCUCAUUGUGACACAAAUCUGCUUUGUUCUUCAAUCCUUGUGGCGGAAGCUUGAGGGACAUUGUAGUUAUCUGAUCUCUGUAUCGUCAUUUGUUCGCUGAAUCUAUUUCCAUUUCACUAAACCUUUUUUGAAUUUCAACGUGUCUCCUGGAUGCAAACUCCCUUAAUGUCAAUGUAACUAGCAAACUUCUAGUUUUCUCAUCAUAACAAAGUCAUGAUAUUUACUGUGAGAAGACCUGUUGCUCAUGAAGGCUAAUUCAGGUGCUAGAUUGGACGUGGCAUAUAACUAUUCAUUACCAUAACCACAGCAAUGGUAGUAAUGUAUUAUGAUUCAAUGUUACUGACAUUUUACUUGGAAUUUAUCAUUACCCCAUCAACAUUAUUAUCAUUCAACAGUACUUGUAGGUUUUUGAUGAACAACUUUCAUUGAACAAGUAGGCGGGGACUGGAUCUUAAGUUAUCUUCCAAAUUCCAGGCGCCACAGUAAGUAUACUGAGUCUCACUCUUUUUACAGUUCUCACUAUUUUAUUACAUGUAGGAUGUGACAUAUUGCGUAAAUAUUUGCAGUGAACAGUUGAAGCAUUAGAGCAGAAAGAUGACUGAGAUUAUCCAAGCUUGUAUUUCGAAUGGUGCAUUGAAGAAAACCGUAUCAGUCAGUUGUGUUUUAUUUCUGCACAAUGACCUUAAUUUUCAAUUUCCAUCCAUCAUUAACAAAUAGAUAAUAAUAUCCAUCAAGCAACAAGUUAACAGAAUCCCCCACAUCAGUUGAUGGACACGCAGAAGAUGCAGUGUUUCGUUAUUUAGCCUUUUCUGUAUCAUUUCAGCAACAAAUCGUCAUGUACUGGUUCAUUAACACAUCUGACACUAUUUUAUAAUCAAUUUCACAAUUUUGUAUUUAUUUGGGAGCCAUUAGUGGUCUUUCUAUUCAUAAGGACUUUCCAAAUGCCAUACAAGUUGGGAACUACUAGUAGAUGUUCUGUAUACCUUAGAGUUAAGUGUUACUACCACAUUUAUUUUGCCUAAAUCCUGACCCAGUGGGCCCUGUGGAUUUAUCAGGGGUUUCCGGCAUGAACAAAGUAACCACUGGAUCCUCUUAAUUGGCUGUGAGGGGGAAGCAAUGCUUGAAGAUGCAAAGUGUGUAUGAUUGAAGUUUUGUCUUGGUGGCAGGUUGAAAAAUCUAAAUUCAUUGUAAGUCAGUCAAGAUGAAAGUAUGUUGUCACAGAUCUUUUCAAUUUGUUGACUACAUGCUGACUACGACGUUGUAAUUAUUACUAUGGCAGAUUUUGGUCUCACAGUAAGUUCCCUCUAGAUGUUUCUUGCUCUGUGGUACAAACUAAGUGCUGUUCUGACCAAUGGUAGCAGAGGAUUAUCAAAGUAACUGUGAUUGGCAGGCUCACGUAAGUAAUGUUAGCAACUGCGGUGGAUCAAGUCUAGCUGAAGGCGGUGUGAGGUCUGCUGGAUAACUUCAGAAUAUAGUUUUGGGGAGAUUUUAGGGAGACGUUGUCAUAGAGGGCUGUUUUCUAUGAACUAUUAAUAUGACUCUACACUCUUUGCUAUUGCAGAUGUUGCCUGAAAAUCUUCUAACUCCAGUUUAUGUUUCUUUUUGCUGUUUCUUACUUGAAUUGCAACAGAUACAUUUUUUAAUUGCUAUUGAAACCCUUUCUGUAAUUCAGACUCACAGCAGCUGGAAAACGUUUCUUAGUUACUGUAAAAUCAGAUUUUGUACAGAUGCAAGUUUUCCUGUAACAACGAUGCAAUAUGGAUUCUUCUCUGUAUCUGUGGGUAUGUUGCUUCUGCACACUGUUUACUCUGCGUGCUGAAGACAGUUUGUAAUGAGCGAAAGAGGAACAUUUUGAUGCAGUCUCAUAUUUUAAUUUUUUCUUUUCAGAUAUUAUAGUCAAGGUCUGCUUUGCUUGCUUCCAGAUAUAUAUCCCUUACAUCAGAGAGAGCAUAGGCAUGAACAGCUUUCAUCAGUUAUUGCAUGACUGCAAUCCACACAGACCACAGUCCUUUUCACAUGAUAGUGUACAUCAGGCCAUUGUAUAAUCAAUUUAGAAUCUUCACACAUAAUGACAUUCAAUACCUGAGCACAGCAAUACAUGUUGGAGCUGAAGCAGAAUGGUGUCCCCUCUCAUGACUCUAUCAUGUUUCGUAUUAAGACACCUCAGUGUGCAUUAUCAUAUGUUGAUGGAUGGACGAAUGGAUGGAUGAAUGGAGUCAUGUAACAAUGCACAUGUGUCCAACAUAAGAAUAUAAUGGUAAUCAAUGGAAGACCCGUUGUGACUCUCUCCAAACUGGGAGAGUGGUGGCAGUAUUCUUGGCCUGAGGUACUCACUGUGGAAAGGGCUGCUGAUCUGGACUGAUGUAGUUUGUAGCAGCUUUACUUGAGCUUUAGGUACUUCUUUUCCUUCGGAUGUUUUUCAGCUGGAGCAGAUAUCAAAAGUCCACAUUUAUUUGCAUGAUGUAAACUGUUCCUAAAAGAAAACAUUCAGACAGGUACAGGAAAUGAUGUCAACACUGUGUCACAUUUAUAACUGAAUUCACAGUUUGACAGUUGUCUGCUCAAGGUUGGACUUUAAUUGAGUGACAGCUGCCUGAACCAGUGUUCCUGAUCUAAUGUUGUUCAUCUGCUGUGGGGGAUAUUAACAUCUUUGAUAAUAUGUCAUUAUAACCAUAUUUAGCCCAUGCUAUCAGCAGACACUGAUGAAGUCAUUACUGGAAAUGAGUAUGUUUCCCUAUGCAAAAAUAUACCAUUAAUAAAACAAACUAUACCACAA